AUGGCUGAUGGGCCAGAUGGGCCACAAGGUGGGCCACAAGGUGGUCCACACGGAGGGCUCCCACACCAGCCAGAAGUGCCAGGUGAUAAGGUGGAGUACAAGCUUCAGGGAAGAAUCUUGUCGGUCAGAAAGGCCAAUGGAAGUGUCUCCCCAGUUCUGACUGGAAAAAGUGUCGUGCUGAAGUCUGUCACCCAGGAUGAUGGCAGCAAACGUUCCAUCACUAAGGCCACUUGGUUCACUCCGCAGUUGAGCGUGUCAGAUGAGGAACGGGAACAUGUCCGGAUGCCAUUCAGAGAGAAGCCACGGGAAUGGCGCAAACAACGUCCACAUGAAAGGCAUGGGAGGUAUAUGGACUCCAUGGACUAUCACAUGAGCAUGCAGAGGGAUCAUGCAGAGGCUUCUGUGCCGCAAUUCGCUCAGACCUUCACAGAUCACAGGAGCUAUCAGAAUGAUCCUGGAUCUCUCCAGGGCCCGCCACUAAUGGCAGACUUGCGCCAAACGGCCGCAGGUGAACUUGGAGCGCCAAGGGGGGGGGCGUUCGAAGACGGACAGCCCGGAGCAUCCAGAAGUCACCUCCGGCUCAGCGGCCCCAGGAAUUCAAGGGAUCCAAGGGGCGCCUCAAAGCAUCGAGCCAGUGAACGUGCCACACGUGCCACGCGUGCCAGAGAACGUGCCACCAGUGCCGGGUGUGAUUGA